UCCAUAGCUGUGCCCCAAUCUUGUUGGUUCCAAAAGGGAAAAUAUCUGCCUAAGUGCCUAACUAAAGCAAGUUGGCUUAGGUGAGCAUUUUGGACUUUGGCCAUCCACUUCACAAAACUUUGAUUCUCAGUGUAAUCUUCCAAAGACCCCAUCUUCUUUUUUUUUUUUUUUUUUUGCUCUCACUCACUUUUCUGGAAAGUGUAAAGAUGGGUUCUAUGUUUUUUUGCUUUCAUCCAUUAAUACACACUUCUUCUAAGCUUGAUUCCUCAAAGACCCUUGUUUUUUUAAGCUCCUCUGUGAGUUCAACUCCAAAGAACCUCUCUUUCUUCAAUUGCAAAUCAAGAACUCAACUUGUUUGUUGUUCUUUAUCUAAGGAUAAUGGACCUGAAUCUUCUGAAGAUAAUAAUUCAAGUAAUUUCUGCAUCAUUGAAGGACCAGAGACCGUUCAAGAUUUUGGACAGAUGCAGUUUCAAGAAAUCCAAGAUAACAUAAGGAGCAGGCGCAACAAAAUCUUCCUCCUCAUGGAAGAAGUACGCAGGCUAAGAAUACAACAAAGGUUAAAGAACUCGAACACAAGAGUUGAGACUCAUGAAGAUGAAUAUGAGAUGCCAGAUAUCCCUUCAACAAUACCGUUUCUUCCUAACAUGACUCCAAAGACACUGAAGCAGCUUUACCUGUCAAGCUUUUCGUUUAUAGCUGGGAUUAUGGUCUUUGGUGGAUUACUCGCACCAAUACUUGAGCUGAAAUUAGGCAUAGGAGGCACCUCAUAUGAAGAUUUCAUACAGAGCUUGCAUUUGCCUAUGCAAUUGAGCCAGGUCGACCCCAUAGUAGCAUCCUUUUCAGGUGGGGCAGUGGGAGUCAUCUCAGCCCUCAUGCUAAUAGAAGCUAACAACGUGGUCCAACAAGAGAAGAAAAUGUGCAAAUAUUGCCAUGGAAGUGGGUACUUGGCAUGUGCACGCUGUUCAGCAAGCGGUAAAUGCCUUUAUACUGAACCGAUUUCAGUGAAUGGUUCUUAUCAAUCGUUGCGUGUACCAUCUCUUAAAAGAUGUGCAAAUUGCUCCGGGACAGGAAAGGUAAUGUGCCCGACAUGUCUGUGCACUGGGAUGGUGAUGGCAAGUGAACAUGACCUUCGUAUAGAUCCAUUUGAUUAAGACAUACAACCCCUUGACAUAAUUCUCAUUUUGUAACUGACAUGCAGAAUACCUUUUGAUUAUAUGUAAAAAUAAAUUGCUAUCUUUUUCCUUUGUUAUAAAUCACAGUGAUAUAUGCAAUAUCCUUGUUAAGGUCAGGCCUUUGGUGAUGAA